AUGAAUGGAAAGUGGGACGGCUACGCCGACGCUGUAAAAAGAAACAAAAACAAGAAAAAAGAAGAAGAAAAAAACAAAAAUAACUCGCCUGUGUCUGCUAUGGCGAAUGCGACGAACUGCACCGACCCGUUAGCGGAGUUCCAGUACCACCUCUUCCCUGCCGUCUACGUCCUGGCGCUGCUUUUUGGCCUGCCGGGGAACCUGGCGGCGCUCUACGUGUUCGCCGUCAGGACCCGCCCCCGCACGGCCUUCAGCGUCUACAUCAGCAGCCUGGCCGUGGCCGACCUGGGCAUCCUGUGCACGCUGCCCUUCCGGAUCCACUACCACCUGAACCGCAACAACUGGGUCUUCGGGGACUCGGCCUGCCUCCUGACGGGCACGCUGUACUUCGCCAACAUCUACAUGAGCAUCUGCUUCAUGACCUGCAUCUGCCUGGACCGCUACCUGGCCACCGUGCGCCCGCACGCCUACCUGAGGCUGCGGGGCCCCCGCUACGCGCUGGCGGUCAGCGCGCUGCUCUGGGCCGCCGCCGGCGUGGCCAUCCUGGUCUUCGUCCUGAUGGGCCCGCUGACCGUCGGGGACGAGUCCCUGGGCCACAGCUGCUUCGAGAACUUCGCCAAGGCCGAGUGGGAGAAGCGCCUGCGGCCGUUCAGCAUCCUGAGCCUGGUCUUCGGGUCCCUGGUGCCCUCCCUGAUCAUCCUGGUCUGCUACCCGCUGGCGGCCAGGCGCAUCGCCGCGAUCAGGACCCAGACGGCGCGGAAGGCCGUGCGGGCGAUCGGCGCCAUCAUCGCCAUCACGCUGCUUUGCUUCCUCCCCAACCACCUGGUGUACCUGCUGCACCUGCUCCAGCGGCUGGACGUCAUCCGGAGCUGCUCGGCGCGGGACGCCAUCUUCCAGGCCCGCCGCGUCACCAUGGCGCUGGUCACCCUCAACACCUGCCUGGACCCCGUGCUGUACUACGUGACCACCAGCCACUUCAGGUGGACGGGCCUGAAGAGGACGUGGCUGUGGGGAGUGGUCAGCAGGAGGCGGGGCGUCUACGCCAUAACGGUGUCCUGA